UCUAUAUUGAGAAAUUAGCAAUUGAAUUUUGUUAGCAGAUUCUUCAAGACCACUUUAUUAUAGUAGCCUGCUAUGAGAAGAAGAACAAUAACUCCAAUAUUCCCACCACCAGGAUACAACUUAACUAUUCCAGAUUGGCCAGUUGAAUAGUUUAUGUUAAGAAUAGGAAAAGGAUGUUCAGAUUAUGCAGAUAAAUUUGAAAAAUUGACUGAAGUAUUUGAAGCAGAUAGAGUACAUUGAUAUUUAUAUGUAGUUUUAAAUGAAAGAGAAAGGCAUUCCUCCAAAGGUGAGAAAAUAUAUAUUUUCAAUCAAAGAGUAAUUACGUAGAGGAGUACUUACAUUUGAAUAUUUAGAAAGGAGAACAUCAGUCACAAUACCAAAGAAAAAGGCAACAAAAAAAUGAGUUAUAUUAUCGUAUAGGUUUUAUUAGCAAACAGUUAUUUAGUGG